AUGAAUCAACAUUAUGCCUACUCCGAAAACUCGGCAACGCAGCAAGGGAGCUCAGUGAUGAAACAUCAAACCGGGUUAGCCAUGGAUUGGACCAAUGAAGAACAAACAAUUCUUGAGAAUUUAUUUGCUGCUACAUGUUCGUUAAACGACUCUGUUUCACGUUACGCGAGAAUCUCCCAAGAGCUUCCUAACAAAACCAUAAGAGACGUAGCUAUGUGUUGCAGAUGGAUCGUGAAUGGAUUAGGAAGCGACCAAGCUGAGAAUCCAAACUUUGAUGAUCUUCCUCAAGAUGCGGACACCAAUAAGCUUUUUAAAGAAAACGAGCAGUUGUUUGAACAGAUUUCUGCAAAUCUCAUGUUCUCAUCAAAGCUCAAAGAUAAUCUUCCGCUCUUGCAGAGAUGCCGCAAAAACAUCAUGAAACUCAUCAACAAGUCUAACGAGAAUGUGCCGGAGCAGAUGAAGCUUAUGCCACCGCUGCCAGAGACAUUGAAUGAUGAUCUAUAUGAUUUAAUCAUGACGGCCUAA